AUGACGCUUGGUAACAGUUAUGACGCUUUUAAUCAUGAUCCUUGGAUGGAUGUGGUGGGAUUUGAGGAUCCAAAUCAAGUAACAAAUCGAGACAUUUCGAGGAUAGUUUUGUAUUCCUACAUGUUUCUGAAUACCGCGAAGGGCUGUCUGGUUGAAUACGCAACUUUUCGGCAGUACAUGAGGGAACUUCCGAAGAAUGCACCUCAGAAGCUGAAUUUUCGGGAGAUGCGUCAGGGGUUGAUUGCCCUAGGACGGCACUGCGUAGGUAGCAGAUUUGAAACAGAUUUGUACGAGUCGGCGACGAGUGAACUCAUGGCCAAUCAUUCCGUUCAAACAGGGCGAAAUAUUUACGGUGUGGAUUCCUUUUCGUUAACUAGUGUCAGUGGGACGACCGCCACUUUAUUGCAGGAACGAGCUUCCGAGCGCUGGAUUCAAUGGUUAGGCCUUGAAAGCGACUACCAUUGUUCAUUCUCUAGUACUCGGAAUGCGGAAGACGUAGUGGCAGGUGAGGCGGCGAGUUCAGAUCAUCACCAAAAAAUCUCAAGAGUAACGCGAAAAAGGCCCCGAGAGCCCAAGAGUACAAACGAUAUCCUCGUUGCAGGCCAGAAACUCUUUGGCAGCUCCUUUGAAUUCAGGGACUUGCAUCAGUUGCGCUUAUGUUAUGAAAUAUACAUGGCAGACACACCCUCUGUGGCAGUACAGGCCCCACCGGGCUAUGGUAAGACGGAGUUAUUUCAUCUCCCCUUGAUAGCACUGGCGUCUAAGGGCGACGUGAAAUAUGUGUCGUUUCUGUUUGUACCGUACACAGUGUUGCUUGCUAAUUGCAUGAUCAGGUUGGGCCGAUGCGGUUGCUUGAAUGUGGCCCCUGUAAGAAACUUUAUUGAAGAAGGUUACGAUGGCGUUACUGAUUUAUACGUGGGGAUCUACGAUGAUCUUGCUAGCACUAAUUUCACAGACAGGAUAGCUGCGUGGGAGAAUAUUGUUGAGUGCACCUUUAGGACCAACAACGUAAAAUUGGGUUACCUCAUUGUAGAUGAGUUUCACAACUUUGAAACGGAGGUCUACCGGCAGUCGCAAUUUGGGGGCAUAACUAACCUUGAUUUUGACGCUUUUGAGAAAGCAAUCUUUUUGAGCGGCACAGCCCCUGAGGCUGUAGCUGAUGCUGCGUUGCAGCGUAUUGGGCUUACGGGACUGGCCAAGAAAUCGAUGGACAUCAACGAGCUCAAACGGUCGGAAGAUCUCAGCAGAGGUCUAUCCAGCUAUCCAACACGGAUGUUUAAUCUAAUCAAGGAGAAAUCCGAGGUGCCUUUAGGGCAUGUUCAUAAAAUUCGGAAGAAAGUGGAAUCACAGCCCGAAGAAGCACUGAAGCUUCUUUUAGCCCUCUUUGAAAGUGAACCAGAGUCGAAGGCCAUUGUAGUUGCAAGCACAACCAACGAAGUGGAAGAAUUGGCCUGCUCUUGGAGAAAGUAUUUUAGGGUGGUAUGGAUACACGGGAAGCUGGAUGCUGCAGAAAAGGUGUCUCGCACAAAGGAGUUUGUCACGGACGGUAACAUGCGAGUUCUCAUCGGAACGAAAUUAGUGACUGAAGGAAUUGACAUUAAGCAAUUGAUGAUGGUGAUCAUGCUUGAUAAUAGACUUAAUAUUAUUGAGCUCAUUCAAGGCGUAGGGAGACUAAGAGAUGGGGGCCUCUGUUAUCUAUUAUCUAGAAAAAACAGUUGGGCGGCAAGGAAUCGUAAGGGUGAAUUACCACCAAUUAAGGAAGGCUGUAUAACCGAACAGGUACGCGAGUUCUAUGGACUUGAAUCAAAGAAAGGAAAAAAGGGCCAGCAUGUUGGAUGCUGUGGCUCCAGGACAGACCUGUCUGCUGACACAGUGGAACUGAUAGAAAGAAUGGACAGAUUGGCUGAAAAACAGGCGACAGCUUCCAUGUCGAUCGUUGCGUUACCGUCUAACUUCCAGGAGAGCAAUAGCAGUGACAGGUACAGAAAGUAUUGCAGCAGUGAUGAGGACAGCAACACGUGCAUUCAUGGUAGUGCUAAUGCCAGUACUAACGCCAGUACUAAUGCGAUUACCACUGCUAGUACCAACGUCAGGACUAAUGCGACUACCAAUGCUAGUACUAAUGCGACUACCAAUGCCAGUACCAAUGCGACUACCAACUCCAGCACUAAUGCUACUACCACUGCCAGCACCAACGUCAGGACUAGUGCUACUACCACUGCCAGCAUCAACGUCAGGACUAGUGCUACUACCACUGAAAGUACCAACUCCAGCACUAAUGCGACUACCACUGCCAGCAUCAACGUCAGGACUAGUGCUACUACCACUAAAAGUAUCAACUCCAGCACUAAUGCUACUAUCACUGAAAGUACCAACUCCAACACUAAUGCUACUACCACUGAAAGUACCAACUCCAAAACUAGUGCUACUACCACUGCUAGCACCAACUCCAACACUAGUGCUACUACCACCGAAAGUACCAACUCCAAAACUAGUGCUACUACCACUGCUAGCACCAACUCCAACACUAGUGCUACUACCACCGAAAGUACCAACUCCAACACUAGUGCUACUACCACUGCUAGCACCAACUCCAGCACUAAUGCUACUACCACUGAAAGUACCAACGCUAGUGCCAAGGAGGACGCCAAUAAAGAUGGCAAUGCUGAGGAUAAUAGAUUCCAUCCAGUCACCGACAUUAACAAAGAGUCGUAUAAGCGGAAAGGGAGUCAAAUGGUUUUGCUAGAGAGAAAGAAACUGAAAGCACAAUUUCCCAAUACUUCCGAGAAUAUGAAUGUCUUACAGUUUCUUGGAUUUCGGUCUGACGAAAUUAAACAUCUUUUCCUCUAUGGUAUUGACAUAUACUUCUGCCCAGAGGGCGUAUUCACACAAUACGGAUUAUGCAAGGGCUGUCAAAAGAUGUUCGAGCUCUGUGUCUGUUGGGCUGGCCAGAAAGUAUCGUAUAGGAGGAUGGCUUGGGAAGCACUAGCUGUGGAGAGAAUGCUGCGAAAUGACGAGGAAUACAAAGAAUACUUGGAAGACAUCGAGCCAUAUCAUGGGGACCCUGUAGGAUAUUUGAAAUAUUUUAGCGUAAAAAGGAGAGAGAUCUACUCUCAGAUACAGAGAAAUUAUGCUUGGUACCUGGCCAUUACUAGAAGAAGAGAAACAAUUAGUGUAUUGGAUUCGACAAGAGGCAAGCAAGGGAGCCAAGUUUUCCGCAUGUCUGGAAGGCAGAUCAAAGAGUUGUAUUAUAAAGUAUGGAGCAACUUGCGUGAAUCGAAGACAGAGGUGCUGCAGUACUUUUUGAACUGGGACGAAAAAAAGUGCCAGGAAGAAUGGGAGGCAAAAGACGAUACGGUCUUUGUGGAAGCGCUCGAGAAAGUUGGAGUUUUUCAGCGUUUGCGUUCCAUGACGAGCGCUGGACUGCAGGGUCCGCAGUACGUCAAGCUGCAGUUUAGCAGGCAUCAUCGACAGUUGAGGAGCAGAUAUGAAUUAAGCCUAGGAAUGCACUUGCGAGAUCAGAUUGCGCUGGGAGUUACCCCAUCUAAAGUGCCGCAUUGGACGGCAUUCCUCUCGAUGCUGAUAGGGCUGUUCUACAAUAAAACAUUUCGGCAGAAACUGGAGUAUCUUUUGGAGCAGAUUUCGGAGGUGUGGUUGUUACCACAUUGGCUUGAUUUGGCAAACGUUGAAGUUCUCGCUGCAGAUAACACGAAGGUACCACUGUACAUGCUGAUGGUAGCGGUUCACAAAGAGCUGGAUAGCGAUGAUGUUCCAGACGGUAGAUUUGAUAUAAUAUUACUAUGUAGAGAUUCGAGCAGAGAAGUUGGAGAGUGA